CUUCUUUGAGCGCUGGCAGGAGCGGGGCGUGCGAUCCGUCGCGCAGCUGAACGCGGGCCUGCGGAGCAUCUGCGCGUGCCGCGCCCCGGCCUGCCGAUCGGGCUGUACGGCUAAUCAGGCCAAGCUGGAUUGGCUGCGAGAGCAGAUCGAGAUGCGCACGCGCGGGUUGCAGUGGGUCGAGUUCGCGGCGCGCUGGUCUUCCAGCACGGACGAGUACGUCGGCACCGUCGAGGAGCUCACGGGCCACCUCAAGGAGCUGAUCGAGCACGAGCGCGACCUGCGCGAGAACGACGAGCUCCCCGACGUGGCGCCGCCGCCCGUCGUCAGGCGUAAGACCUUCAAGCAGCUCGGCACGCCCACUGCGCAGGCCGAGGUGCUGAUGGCGGCGCGCGAGGAGCUCACGCCCGAUGAGCUGCGCGAGGCGGCCGAGGACGAGCGCGACCGGCUGGAGGAGGCGGGCGAGAUCGACCACGUCGCCGACGCGCAGCCCGAGCGCCCUCCAGAUUUUGCCAGCUUGCUCAACGUCCACCUCGAGGUGCGCUGGCCGUAUCGCGUGCCGGACCAGGCGAAGAAGCGCGGCUACAAGACCCACUACAUCUGGGCGGAGGGCGAGGUGGUCGAGAUUGCCGACGGCACGACUACGAAGCGCACGCCGCAGUGCAAGACGGUCCUUGCGUGGGGCGCGGUGCGCAUCAAGUGGCCGAAGGACAGCCGCUACGACGAGGAUGAGUCGUUCACCUGGACCGUCUUGGUCGAGGACUCGUGGCGCAAGGAGAAGCACCUCGGCUGGCGCUUCGCCAAGCCGGAGCUGGCGCGGCGCGGCGCGGCGGCACGCGCGGCAAAGCGCGCACGGGCUGACACCUCGUAGUGGGCGGUGCGCCACGGUGGGGUCACGGCAGGGGGUGCUCACACUGC